AGAUUUGGUAAAAGGGUAGAAUCGACAAUGGAAGCAAAAACUGGGUUAAUAAAGUGACAGAGAGAUUCUCUCACUCUUCUGAUCUCUCAGCUCUCGCAAGCUAAGAAUCUCUCUCUCUCUCUCUCUCUAUCCGUUUGAUCAUCAUCCUCUUCGCUCGUCGGCUUGUUCGGAAAAUCUCCGAUCCGUUCGAGUCUCGCUCUCUGACUGUUCCCGCCAUCUGCGAUCAUCUGAUCCGUCGAUCUCCCUCGCGAAAUUAAAGUUAGAAAGAUGAGGUCGGUUCAAGCACCGGUUGUUUGCCCUGCGAUUCGUCCAAGACAAGUAGGUGCAUGCGCUCUGAAACCUACGCUUCUCAGAAGCCAAUUCUUGGGUCAUCGGAUCAAGUCUCAGGUCACGCUUCGUCUGCAUCCUCGGGGGUGCAGCAAGAUUAGCAUCAAGUGUGUUUUCAGCUCUCACUCUGAUGGUAACGGAAGCACCGCUGAGAAUUUCAACGAAAACGAUGAGGAAUAUGUCAACUCUAGUAUAGUGGAAGCUGUUGAGGUGAAGAGUGGAGCUGAUGGUUUCAUGGUGAAGAUGAGAGACGGCAGGCAGCUACGAUGUGUUCAUAACAAUCCUCAAGGAGGGCAUUUGCCGGAUUAUGCUCCACACCCUGCUAUUGUUUUGAAAAUGGAAGAUGGAACUGGUCUUCUCCUUCCCAUUAUUGUCUUGGAGAUGCCUAGUGUGUUACUUAUGGCAGCAAUGACCAAUGUCCAGAUUGCAAGACCAACCAUGUAUCAAGUGGUGAAGGAGAUGGUGGACAAAAUGGGUUACGAAGUUAGACUUGUUAGAGUCACCAAAAGAGUUCACGAGGCGUAUUUUGCCCAACUAUACCUUUCAAAGGUGGGUAAUGCAUCGGACUGUAUUAGCUUUGACCUUCGCCCGUCAGAUGCAAUUAACAUAGCUGUUAGAUGCAAGGUACCUAUCCAAGUGAACAAGUACCUUGCUUAUAGUGAUGGAAUGAGAGUCAUCGAGUCAGGGAAGCUGUCACAACAGACACCUGCUUCAGAUGGCUUAUUGUUUACUGAACAAGACCGACCAAAUGGUCAGGCUUGCCUUGAUACCAAAGAGUUCAAUAUUCUGAGCAACAUGAUGCAAGCUGUUAAUGAAGAGCGAUAUGAUGAAGCUGCUGAAUGGAGAGACAAGCUUGGCCAGUUUCGGGCCAAGCGUAACCUGAGGAAAUACACAUAAGAGGUCGAUCAACGAGUAUUUGUCUGUGUACAUAAUAAGAAGGUCGUUGUCGGGGAUCAAAGUGGAGGAAGAAGCAGAGUCUGGAGAUUGAAGAAUGCUCUACACUUAACCCAUUUUCCCAGAAACAAAAAUAAACAAUUAUAUAAUGUAUUAAAUGUAUCUAGCGUGAUGUGUACAUAAUGCUUAUUAAUCUGUGUCUUCUUGUGCACGUUAAGUUCACUCUGAUUGUAUUUUAAGACUCCUCUUGUCGGCCUUGUCUGUAUUCAGUUAAUUGCAGUUGUCUUUAUCCAAGAACAAGUAAAUUAGAUA